GAAAGAUUUAUUGAUGAGUAGAUGGCGUUUUAAUUGACGAAUAAACGAGGUUUUCUUUCGAUGACUAGAUGAUAUUUCAUUUUCGGUAACCGCAGCAACGAAUCCUCCAAAUACAUCAAUCAACCCAUCGAUCAAUCGACACCCUUUUGACACACAGUACCCAAAAAUUCGUCAUGUAAAAAACCAACCUAACACGCCCCCAAUCAAUCAACCCGAAAGAACCGCUUAUACCAAAAUGACCUCCAUCAUCACCAAAAUCUCCAGACCCCUGGCGACCGGCCGGGGAACCUUCCCGUCCCACCACCACCACCAGCACCAGCGGCAAGUACCCCGCCUCAACCGCCCCCAAAGCGGUACCAUCAGACGGCUCAGCGCCCAACGACGCCCCGCCACCCCGCCGCCGCCCCCCGACGACCCCAAACCGCCGGAGGAGCCCGCGACGGAGGCGCCGGCGCCGAAGAAAUCGCUGAAGUACGGCGUGUACGGCGCCGUGGCGCUGCUGAUGGCCGUCGGCUAUUGGCUGAGGCGGCGUCGCGACGGCGAGAUGGCCUCGAUGGGCGUCGAGAUGCAGUGCAACAACAACGGCAGCGCGGGGGAUUUGGUGCGGUCGCAGCGCGUCGGCGGCGUCGGCGGCGCCGAGUCGGGCGCCGGCGGUACGCCCAGAGAACGGUACAACUUCAUCAACAAAGUAGUGAAGCAAUGCGCCCCGGCCGUCUUCUACCUGGAGAUCCGCGAUCCCAACAAGAAAGACGUCGACGGCAAACCUCUGAUCACCUCCAACGGUUCCGGCUUCGUCGUCGACGAAGAGGGCUGGGCCCUCACCAACGCCCACGUGGUACUGAACAAGCCCGGCUCCAUUAUCAACGCCAUCUUGCGCGACGGCCGGAGCUGUCCGGUGCGCGUCGAAGACGUCGACAUCAACAUCGAUCUGGCGCUGCUGAAGCUCGACGCCGGCGCCGGCGCCGAGUGUGGCGCCGGCGCCAAAGUGCCUUGUUUGGCGUUCGGGGACGGCGAGGUGGCGGUGGGCGAGUGGGUGGUCGCUUUGGGCAGUCCGUUGUCGCUCAGCAAUUCUGUUACUGUUGGUAUUGUGAGCUGCGUGAACAGACCGGCCCUGGAUUUGGGCCUGAAGAACUACUCGAUGUCCUACAUCCAGACGGACGCCGCCAUAACGUUUGGCAAUUCUGGCGGACCUUUGGUCAACCUCGACGGUAACGUCAUCGGUAUCAAUAACCUUCGAUUGACCUCCGGCAUAUCUUUCGCCAUACCGGCCGAGUACGCAAAGAGGUUCCUGGAAAACACGAAGGGCAAGGUGAAAGGGACGCGUUAUUCGGGCCCGAUGGGCAGGGCACUCUUCGGCAUCACCACCAUUUCGAUCACGCCCGAAGUGGUCGAGGAGUUGAGGAAAAACGACGCCCGAUUGCCGCCCGACGUCGCCAGCGGUUUGCUCGUUUGGAAAAUCGUACCUGGAACGGCCGCCGCCAAGGGCGGUUUGAAAGUGGGAGAUAUAAUAACGCACGUGAACGGAGUACCGGCGAAAUUCCCCAUCGAUUUAUAUUCGACACCCAAGGAUAAGGAAAAUGUCGAAUUGACGUUGAUACAUGGAGGUAAAGAGAUCACCUUGCUCAUAUCGCCCGAUAUGUUCCAAUGCGAUGAUUGGUAAAUAACAAAAAAUAUAUUGAAAUAAAUAAAAAAAAAAUUUAUUGCGU